GUGUGUGUGGCGAUCAGACAGCAGGCAGAAAGUCCCAGAGAAGCGAACUGUCAUCAGUCAGUAGGUGCCAGUCAGCCGGAGAUCGCGAGCUUCUUUGCAUCUGGGUCGUGUCGGAAAAUCGCUCGGGGCAGUAGCGCCUUUUUUUUUAGGAGAAAACAGUGUUCUCUUUCAGGAGUGGAUUUUCUGAACGUCUCCCGUUUUUUUUUUCUCCCUUACGGAUCAUUUCAUUUUUUUUUUCUUUUAACGAAAACCUGUGGAUGCGCAGCCGUUUUCACCAGCGGGCUGAGAUGAAUUUUUAAUUAACUUAACGAAUGACUUACCCGCGCCUCAUUUUUCACCGAAACACCCUGACUGACUGCCAAAACGACCGUGGACCUCGCAUAUAGAAGGAGCCGGAGGGUGAUCCAAGCGAUCUGGAAACUUUAGCGGAAGGCUUAAAGUGAAAAAAGCGGGCAGCCCGCUGAGGCAGACGCGUUGAUCUUAACGAGCCAAAGGAGAGGGCGAGUCAGAAAAAAAAAGGAGCUGCCCGCGCCCAUUGUCGGGCACGGACUGGCACACAGGUGUUGGACAGUACUGACCAUUUUAAAGCAGCAGGAAUUUACCCAGACUGGACUUUUUACGGCAAUUGCAUGAUGUCUAAUUGCAAAUUGUCCACCUUCUGAUAAACCAGAUUAUGAAGUUAUCUCUCCGUGUCAAUGACGGGUAAAAUGGAAACCCCUUUCUACCACGAUGAUGCUCCAAACCUGCAGCAUUUUGGACAUAUCCCAGAUUAUAGCAGCAGAUACCCGAACCAAAAAAUAAUGAGCAAAAAAAGCAUUGCUUCUCAAGGUUUUUCUGCACCUGGUGGUAAUACCUCAGGACUGAAGCUGUUGCCGGGACAAAGUGGAAGUAAUGGCAAUAUUAAUCCAAAUACUUCGGGUCUGAACAGCCCAGCAGAUGGAUCCUUAAUGUCUUCUUCAGACGUAAAUCUCCUAAAGUUAGCAUCUCCUGAUUUGGAGCAUCUUAUAAUUCAAUCCAACCAAGGACUAGUGACCACUAGUCCUGCCCCAAAUUCCUCCAGCAACCCUUUUAUGUUUAGGAAUCAGGUUCAGGUUACCAAUGAGCAAGAGGGGUUUGCAGAUGGAUUUGUCAAAGCGCUAGCAGAUCUGCAUAAACAGAACCAGCUAAUUGGGCCUCCAAUUUCUCCAUCUUCCACAAUCCAGGGACCUUUCCAGAGGAAUGUCAUUCCUACAAGCGAGAUGCCCAUUUACACCAACCUGAGUAACUACAACCCAAGUCCGAUCGGAGUUUCUUCAUCGUAUUCAGGAGGGCAACUCCAAUACACCACUCCUAGUCAUGGCGCAGGGCAUGCUGUAAUUGGCCAAGGACAUCAUCCCCACGGGAGGGGUCUGGACGAGCCCCAGACUGUGCCAGAGGUACCACACCCACCCGGAGAUCCAUCAGGUUCUCCACCGUCUCUCUCGCCUAUUGACCUAGAGACACAGGAAAGGAUCAAAGCAGAAAGAAAGAGGCUAAGGAACCGCAUUGCUGCUUCAAAGUGCCGCAAGAGAAAGCUGGAGCGGAUUUCUCGCCUGGAGGAGAAGGUCAAAGUUCUCAAGACUCAGAACUCCGACCUCGCCUCAACGGCCAGCCUACUGAGAGAGCAGGUGGCACAACUGAAACAGAAAGUCAUGAAUCACGUCACCAACGGGUGUCAGAUAGCAGUGAGCUCUGCUAGCCUGGCAAAAAGUGGGGAAGGUUCUAGCUGCUAAACAAGGGAUGGUGUGCUUAGUUUUUUUCUUCUUUUUUUUUUUUGAGUCAGUACGACAACUUGGGAAACAAAAUAAUUUCUCAGUAUUUGCUACAAUACAAGGAAUGCAAUCUUACUGAGGGAUUCCCUGCCGGUACUGAGUUUUGCACAAGGAUAUAAAAUGGGGAAUGGGAAGGAGUCAGAGUCUAGGUAUGAAGCAUAACUUUUUACCUUUUAGCAUUUUACAUUUUGGCUUUGACUGUAAGGCUUUAUAAGCAGCAGACCUGCCCCUUUUAACUUUUUCCGGCUAGUCUAGCUUCAAUGCCAUUUGUUUAAGUCUAAUACUAGCAGAGAUAUUGGUCUUUUUGAUAUGACAAAGGGAAAACAUACCUCAAAAAAGAUUUUAAAUUGUGAGAUUUUUUUCAACUCCGUGGUUAUGGCACUUGACAAAAAAAAAAAAAAGAAAGUGAGGCAAUGUACAACAACUGGAUCAAACCUUGAUUUAUGUACAUAGGAUGGCCAGCUUCAAAAUCACGUAGAGAAUGAGUGGGACUUUUUAACCAGGAGGGACAAUCUUUAUUUUACAAAAGGGGUAUAGUACUGUGUGCCACAGAAGGGAUCUUUCAAAGAUCUUCCUGACUUCCAAAGAGAUGGCAACAGUAGUUUUUUGUUCAUACUGCACACUGUGGGUUUUUACAGGCCUUUGUGUAUUGCAGUCUUUUUUGAUGUAAGCGAAGCCUUUAAAUUUAAUCAAUAAAAUUUCACCCUUGAGAGCUAAACUAUAUAUUUUGUAGAACAACAGAUGUCCAGUGUUUAACUUAACAUCUGAGUAACAUCGUUUUUUUUUUUUUUUUUACAAAAGUAUUUGCACCUCUACUUUUCCACUAAUGUGCAUACAAUAUUUUACAUUAGUCGUUUACAAUUACAUGCUUUAACCGUAUUAAAAGCUACGAAUACUUCUCAUCAUUAAAGAUGGUUGUGUGGCCAGAAUUUAAUGUUUUGUCAUCAGUACAGUUAGCAGUGUGUAUGUCCUAACAAAUAAAAUUAUAUUGUUUCAUGUAGUUGCGAACCAGUUUCAGAUGUGGAUCGUAUGUUUUUGACUUUAGAAAAUUAAUUGUAACUUUACAUAUGAAAAGUUUACCUACAGGGUAAUUUUGAGCUUAUUUAUUUAUUAUUUUCUUUGUUUCUCACAACUUGGUAGUAUCCAAGGUCCAGUUCGGAUCUGAAACGUGUUUAGUGUAUUAUUGUAUGUUAACACUUGAAUUGGCCAGUUCUUGUUCACUAAGUUUAAACACACUCUGCGGGAGUUCUAACCGCUGUCGUUCCAGGAUAGUGGAAAUUUUUGCAUAUCCACUUUUUGAAUAUUCUCAGAGAGUUUAUUAAAAUGAACAUAUUUUCUUUUUUAUUUGUGGAACUGUUUUUUUCUUCAAUGAUAAAAUAGAGAAAAAGGGCUUAGAUAAAGUAGUCUUUGAACAGAAUUGUGUGUGAAUAUCUUUUUUAUCGAUGCUAACGGUCACUAAGAAUUUAUUUAUGCAAAUUUAAAAAAAAAAAAAAAAAAGCAUCUUUAUUAUUUAUGUUGUGAAAACUUUAAGAGGAGUUUUGGAUACCUGAAAUGGAAAUUAAUGCAUUGCACUUGAAACAUUAAAUGAUGUCUGAUAUUUAUACUUUAUUAUUAUUCUAACAUAGUAUUUUUAAACUGCUGAUGGAAAAUAUGUACAUUAUCUAAAGAAGGCGAUUGUUGGGUAACGUUUUUGUACCCUAAAGUAAGAAGGUAUUUUUAUUGUAGUCAUUUUUUGAAGACUUUGUUUUCUUUUAAGAAAAACCACAAGAAAAGGUUAAAAAAAAUAAAAAAAUAUACACUGCAAGGAUUGCAUUGCUAAAAAUGAA